CUUUCUUUAUUUGGCUUUAUUUAUUUAUUUAUCGAUUGAUUGCGUUUUAAUUACUGCCUUGUGACAGGGAGUGAGGGAGGAGGAGCGUAGGCCAAGCGGGCACGUUGUGUAGCCUUUCCAAAUGUUUAUUUAUUUCAGUUGAUUAGCUUAAUGCGACUAUUUUACAUUCAUUUUAAACACGAUUCGCUGCUUUGUAACCUGCUUAUGGGUGAAUGUGUGUGUAUAUAGCCUACAUGCGAGGGGCAGUGAGACAGUGCAAUCAGCUAUAAACCAAAUAAAGUAGAUUAACCAAAAAUAACAAAUCCAAAUAUAUCACAAUAAUUCUUGUACUUUAUGCACGCCAGCGUGACUCGGGUUUCGUCUGUUUCUAUUGUAAUAUUAUCCAUUUUAUUUACCAGCGCAAACCAAAGCUAACCCGGGUGAGUGACGCUAAGAAACUAGCGACUGUUACGGUGUUUGUUCUCACGCCUGUCGAUAGGAAAACAGUGGGCUAACAUUGAGACUAUGCUAAUAUAAACGCAUACAUGAGAAAUAGAACGAUUAGACUAAUGUAUGGUUACUUACAGUUUUCCACGGCAUACGAGAGAGACAGGAGCAAAAAUCUGGACAUAACCACAGGCUUAUAAUACAAGUAUUAUUACUAUAUUAGUCCUGAUAGUGUUCCUCUGAUAUAGUAGUGGGAGUUCAGUUGUGGUUCUAUCCGUCUGUGUGUUGGGUCUGGGCUGGUUCAUUAGCUUGAUUGCUGCACAGUCAAGGAGCACCAUAUAGAUAUAUGUUUUAUGCACAUUUACAUCCAAAAUCCUGCGGAUGAGAAACAGACAUCCUAAAACGUAAAUAGAGCUAUCCAGCAUAGCCUAGAUGUGUACGGGCCAUCAACUGGUAAGCUAAACAACGAAUGUUCUAAGUUUUCGAUACCAAGUAUAUUUCAAACGGACGAAGAUACACAGAAGAGGGGCCAUCUUGUCACAAUAUUACUGAAAAAUGAUAUGAAACAAAACCAGAAGACGGAGGAAGAUCAUGUUUGUUCCCUUGCCGGUGCCGUUCAUGUUUCAGAGAACUGCCCCUGACCUCAACGCCUGGCGUCUGAAGUCCCCGUUGGCUCUACGUUCCGACUCCGAAAUCAGAAUGUCAAAGCCAGUUGAGGUUGAGAACACAGUGGCUGACUCUCCAAUGGAGAGCACAGAUUCAGAGCGGAAUGGUCCUGACUCAAAUCAUCAGCUUCAGCAGAUGAAAAUCAGUCCCUUUCACCUUUCUCCAACCCUCAGCAGCAACAAGAAUAAGAUGGAAGAGUGUGGUGAGAUGUCCCCGGGCCCUCCUCCCCACCACAGCCACGCCCCCUCACAGACGCCCCUCCCACACACACAGCUCAUGCUGACUGGCUCCCAACUGGCAGGGUUGACAGCUCUCUUGCCAGCUCAGCAGCAGUUGUUACUGCAGCAGGCUCAGGCUCAGCUUCUAGCUGCAGCUGUGCAGCAGUCUGUUCAGCAGUCCAACGCAGCUCACGCAGCUCACGCAGCUCAUGCAGCCCACGCAGCCGCCCAAGCCAAUCAGCAAGCUCAGGCAGCCGCAGCAGCCAAUCAACAUGCCCAGCAGCAGGCGGGACAGACAGGGCAGCAGGGCCAAUCACAGCCCCAGGGACAGAGCACACAGGAACAGACAGGUCAACCUGUCCCUGUCCCGCCCACUCAUCCUCAGCUCACCCUCUCUCAGCCAAUUCAGCUCACCGCCCAGGACAUCCAGCAGUUGUUGCAGCUGCAGCAGUUGGUUCUGGUGCCAGGACACCACCUGCAGUCUCCUCAGUUCCUCCUCCAACAGCACCAAGGGCAGCAAGGACUGCUAUCAACACCAAAUCUGAUUCAGCUACCUCAGCAAAACCAAGGGAGCCUCCUGUCCGCUCCCAGGCUGGGGCUCCAAGCACAGAGAGAUAAGGCUAUGGAGGGCAGUGGGGUCAUGACCUCUGUGUCCUCUGUGACCUCUCACCCCGAGGAGCCCAGUGACCUUGAGGAACUGGAGGUGUUCGCCCGCACCUUCAAACAGAGACGCAUCAAACUGGGCUUUACACAGGGUGACGUGGGAAUGGCCAUGGGGAAGCUAUAUGGUAAUGAUUUCAGCCAGACCACCAUCUCUCGCUUCGAGGCCCUCAACCUGAGCUUUAAGAACAUGUGCAAACUCAAACCACUACUGGAGAAGUGGCUCAAUGAUGCAGAGACCAUGUCCACAGACAGUACUAUGCCCAGCCCCAGCUCUCUGUCCUCUUCCUCAAUGGGCUUCGAGGGCCUGCCGGGCCGACGCAGGAAGAAAAGAACCAGCAUCGAGACUAACGUCCGCGUGGCCCUGGAAAGAGCCUUCAUCACGCAGAACCAGAAGCCUACCUCAGAGGAGAUCCUGUGUAUCGCGGACCAGCUCAGCAUGGAGAAGGAGGUGAUCCGCGUGUGGUUCUGCAACCGCCGACAGAAAGAGAAGCGUAUCAACCCCAACAGUGCCACCCCUCCCUUGCCCAGCCAGCCCCCCCAAGCCCCACCGACGCACAAACCCCCCUGCUACAGCCCACACAUGAUGUCCAGUCAGCUGUCCAGUCAGCUGUCCAGUCAGCUGUCCAGUCAGAUGUCCAGUCAGCUGUCCCAGGCAGUGACCAGCCUCAGCACCACAUUGACCACAAUGUCAUCGUUCUCCCCUCUGAUCCCCAGUGGUCCCACCCACUCAUCUCUCAGCUCCGCCUCCUCUCCAGUGACUCCUCCUCCUCGCAGCACAGCCAGCCCAGCCACUCCCAGCCACAGCACACUGAGUCUCAACACAGGCUUAUGGCGUUUGGGUAAAAAGAAUGGUGACGUGUCUAACUACAUCACCGAUUUUGCUGCAAACUUGAGGAACACUGUGAUGGGAGUAAACACAGGGAACCAGGCUCUGAACCAAGCUCUCCUCAGCAACAACCAGUUGGCUACUAUACAAGCCCUAGCAGCCAGUGGUGGCCAGCUGCCCCUUUCCAGUCUUGAGGGGGGCAGUAAGGUGUUGCUGGGUGGUGCAGGGGGGCAGGGAGGGGGUCUCCAGUCCUCCUUUUUCCUCAACCACCCCGCUUUCCUCCACAUGGGCCAGAAUCCUGGUGCUGGAUUGGUCAGCGCUGCCGUAGCCAAAGCAUCCCAGCCCUCCCCUUUCCCCUCCACCAGUAGCAUAAGCCCCACCCCCUGCUCCCCCUCCCCUUGCUCCAGCCCCGCCUCUUCCUGCGACUUCGAUGAAUUGGCGCACAGCCCAUCCUCAUUGGGAGGGGCUAAGAUUGAGUGACACAGCCAAGUGCCAAUCAGAGAGGAGGAGGAGAAAGGAGGAAACGACAACCUCGCCUUUCAACCAAAGCUAUCUCUUUUAUCACUCUCGCCCUACACUCUCUCUCUCUCCCCCCCCAGUCUUUUGAUGCCAAAAAUACACAGAAUGAAAGAGAGGAGAGGGGGGAGUCAGAAGUGAAAAGGGGGAGAAGGGGGGAAAGAGGAAGAUUGAAACCAAAAAUCUUUAUCUAUCCAAAGUGAUGGAGGAGGCAUCGUGGGACUGUUUAGUCAAUACUGAGCGAUAUCGCACCUCCCCUUUCUGUCUCUCUUUCUUUCCCGGGAAAAUAAACCAAUGACAAAUAACAGGAGUAGAGAUGUGUGUCGAAUCACGUGAACCAAAAAUGACAAAAAUAAACAUUACUGUGUGUUUUGGGGGAAUGGUGGCAAGGACAGAAAAAAGAAGUGGAUGAUUUUCUUUGAAAAGCUGCAGGUCUGAAAGAGGAGGAGAUGGGAGGAGGAUUUUAAACCAAAAAUGUACCUGAGGAGGAGAAAAGGAACACACAAUGACAAAAAUCAACAACCAUACCAAAAUCCCAGAAACCAAAAAUACGGAAGGAAAAGCUUUAUCCAAACGACUUGUACAUACGGAUCCUAUCCAGGACCAGGACUCUGCUACACACACACACACACACACACACACGAUAUCCACAGCUGAUCACAUUCAUCUAUCCAUCCACCCUUCAUGUCUGUCAUAGUCUGUCACUUACUUUCACUGCAAUUAUAUUGUUUCUGUGGGAUAUUUUAGAUUGUUAUAAAUGGUUGAUACUUAACGAGCCAAGCUUACAGGUGUAUAGUUUGUGUUUUCCUACCACUGCUUCUUCAAGUAUCGUGUCCUAUCUCCCCCUUGCUUUCCAAUAGUUGGAGUCUGUCAUCGUCAUCAAUAUCAUCAUCUUGUGCCAUUUACUUCAUGUUGUCAGAGAUAAUAAGAGACAAGAGGGAACAAGAGAUCAGGCUGAGUGUAGCAGUUUACAGCCUUGAUAUAAACCUCUCUCUCUCCGUAAUUACUCACAACAAAAUGACUCACUUGAUGAAAUAAUAUUAGACUUAGACUCAAUGUAGUCCUUGUGAAUGGCCAAUCCACCAUGGUGACAGUAUGACAUUGAGCAUGAUUGGAGAUUUAACCUAGUAACAUUUUGAGGCAAGAAAUAGGUAAAUUGAUAAAAAUGUUAGUUUAGUCAUGGACAGGUCUGUCUUACGUUGUCAAUCAGCCAUGUCUCGACGCGCAGUAGAAAAACAGAGAUCAAAACCUGUUUAAUGUUUAAUAUACGUUGUUUUUAUUGUUCAUCAUCCCUCCAACCAUCCCAUUUUCACUGUCAUUUUCCACCCAAAUCUGCCAUUAUUACACGUUUAAACCAAAGCAUUUGUUACUCUUCAGAGGAGUCAGCCAUGACAUUAACACUCACAUACUGUAGGGGUUGGGGACACACCCUACCCCUCCCGCUGAACCCCCCUAGUUGACCCCUUCCAUCUCCUUAUGCCCGAGAGGGUCACUUCAAAAGGACAGAACCCUCACCCAACAUAAAAGGGGUGCAUACAGGGAGGGGAUCGGAUGGUGCGAUGGGAUCAAACAUACAGAAAGAGGGGAUGUUUUUGUAAGAGGAUACCAAAAAUACAAACCAAAAAUGUCAGAAACAAACCAAAAAGAAACACAACCAAAUAUGGAUGGGGGGGAUGAGGGGAGGAGACAAAUGUAUGUUUUUACAGACUGGAACUGACACCUCUGUCUGUUAUCCAACUAACUGGGCUUCAGUGGCCCUCUCUAAACUGUGUAGCACAGAUGGACAGAUGUAUGGAUAGAUUGAUGGAUAGAUAGGACAGAUUUCCUCCCUCCCCCUGUCUUUCUUUCACUCCAAACUCAGCUCUUCUUCUCUGGUCCUGGAUGGAGAAAUCUCUAAUGACCUCAUUGAACUGAAUAUUCUAAGUCAGUUUUUUACAUGUUUCUGUUUGUUGGUUUAUUUUGUAUUUGAUUUGUUUGCUGUGUGAUGCUGUUUAUGUGCUGUUCUUUACUCAUUUGGGAUAAUAACGUAUUUGCUUACUACAACAGCUCCUUAUGUUUUCCUAGUUGUUCUAGAGAUUUUAUCAGGUGGUUGGAAAAAUACUGUGAAAAUUUUGCUUCCAGAUUUUUAUUAGAUAAAAUAAAACUGACUGUCUUGGCAGAAAAAAAGACAGAAAAAGUCCAAAACAAGAGUUGAAAAGCAAAACGUGCAAACCAAAUAGCAAACACCAAAUAGCAAACACCAAAUAGCAUACACCAAAUAGCAAAUAGCAAACACCAAAUACCAAACACCAAAUACCAAACACCAAACACCAAAUACCAAACCAAACACCAAAUAGCAAACACCAAAUAGCAAACACCAAAUACCAAACACCAAAUACCAAACACCAAAUACCAAACACCAAACCAAACACCAAAUACCAAACACCAAAUACCAAACCAAAUACCAAACCAAACACCAAACCAAAUAACAAACACCAAAUCAAACACCAAAUACCAAACACCAAAUACCAAACCAAACACCAAAUACCAAAUACCUAACCAAACACCAAAUACCAAACCAAACACCAAAUACCAAACACCAAACAAAAUACCAAACACCAAAUACCAAACCAAACACCAAAUACCAAACACCAAAUACCAAACCAAACCAAAAAUGCAGGAUAAAACGAGAUGGUUCAACUGCCGUCCCUGCCGUUGCAUUAGGGCUCACACUUAUGAUUGUGUCAAUUUAUCUGAAGUGUGUGCGUAUGUGCGUUGUGUGAGGGUGUGAUAGUGUGUGUGUGUGUGUGUACACGCGUUAUAGAAUGAAUUCAGUGGAGUUUACAAAGAUGUUCUCUCUUGUACGUUUACCCCCGUUAUCACAAACACACUCGUACUUUACACACACACACAUACACACUUUUACAUACACACACACACACUUACUGUAUACACACACACAUACACACUUCAGCUAAAAUGUACAGUAGAGUUUAAAAUGCAUCCAAAGAGUAUUUGGUUUGACACAGAAAUACAGCUGUGGAGGUUCUAACCACGAGGUGAAACCUUUCCUCAACAUUAACUCUUAGACGGAAUGUAUCUGUUAGUGCUUCUAUAGAUUUUGUAGAUAAAAAGAUCUGUGUCCUAAUGCUUACUUAUUGCUAAUGUAUUGAAAAACAUACAAAAAAUAUCUUAAAAAACAUUGAUGAUAAUGACUUGAUUUUAGACCAUAAAUGUUACUCUCUCUUGAUAUAUAUUUGGUUUAUUUUUCUUUGUCGAAUCAUUUAGGACUUUUGAUUGAUUGUACUAUUUAUUCAUCUUAAAUUUGAUUGAUUUAAGCUUAUAUUGUUACUAUUUAUUUGUUAUUUAUUUAUUCUAGAGUCUUUUUACAGGGGAUAUAUUUUGGGGUAUAUAUUUAUAAUAUAUAUUAUGUGGCUGUGACCAAAAAUCCUGCUGAAGUACCUUCUCACCUCUUCAAACCAGAUACAUGCAACCACAGGUCUCACGGGGCCUAGGAGAACAUGGUCAUGUUUGGCCACAGACUCACUGCGACUACGCUUAAGGGGUGGGGGUGAGCUCACCGAGACUCUUUUAAAAUGGAUGGGGUGAGCUUACAGGGGGCAGCACUGUGUCUACUUCAGUACGACCACCUAACAGCAUUUUCUCAGGCAUUACAGGUCAGGGAAAGGUCAUGGGAAUAGGAACGUCAGCUUCAUAUUGAUGUAAAUUUGAGCAAUUCAAUGUUUUCAGGUGUUAAAUGCUGUCUUUCCUAAAUAUGGGGUUAAUUGUCCGAAUGAUAAUGAUAUUACUAGUGAUGUCCUUAUUGUAUGACUGGUGAGUAAUGACUGGUGAGAUGAGAGGGACAGAGCAUCUGAGUGUUUCUGGCUUUAUGUGCGGUCUUGUGAUGUUGUGUUUAGUUGAAGGGGGGAUAGGGAGCCUCAGUAGGGUUCUCUACAGCCUUACUACAGUCCAGGAUUGUUACUGGAGACCCACACCAGGUGGGAUCAAACCAGUCAUGAGUGAAACUUUUAAAACAUUGUAUUAAUAAAUCUCAAAGCUUUAGAACUGGAGUUUGUUCCCAUUACGAUGUAUACCAUAUACUUUGGACGGAUCAGGUUAGAGGGAUUAUAUCCCGGAUGUACAUGUAGUCAGCGCUGCCUAUAAGCUAGUAUAAUGUAUGUUUGAAUAUAGCCCAACGGUUCUGGAAGAGAGCUCCGCUGACAGGGAUGGUCAGGCAGGCAGAUUGUUCUUAAAGAUACAGUGCUGUUCCCUCACAACCUCUCCUCUCCUCAUGAUAAAUACACUGAAAGCUUUAAACAGCUACCAAACCAAAAAACCAGUUAGAAGAUGCAUUGACUGGGGCAAAGGAACGUGACAGAGGGACUUGUUUUCUUUUCUUUCUGUUUGGACUUUUCUUAAUGUUGGUAGGUUUUGUUUCCCACAUCUACUGUAGGAUGUUAAAGAGAGAUAUACCUCAUAUACCAAAUAGAUGAACGUUUUUUUUUUUUUAAGCGGGGUUCGUGUGGGGAUCGGGGUGUGACUGUGUGUACGUGUGUGUGGGUGUGAGUGUGACCAUGGAUGGCCAGAGCGAGGUUUGGGUCCGGCAGAGUUCAAAGGUAAAUAAUGGGGUCAGAGGUCACAUUUCCUGUGCCCCAUCCUAAUCAGGAGACAUUUUGGGUAGCAAGCUGUAUGCCAGCCCUCUCGCUGUGGUUCCCAGUCCACUCCCCCACACACCUCCCUCUCCGUCUGGUCUGAAGAACAACCCCCCGCUCUGUACAGCCCUCUCUCCAUCCCCCUCUCCCCUACUGCUCCCUCCCUGCUGAAACAAAACACUCUCCAAGUAUAAGUUUUCCAUAGGCACAGAUAUAGGAUCAGCUUACCUUCCUCCAAAUCCUAAUCUUAAUUAACCAUUGAGCGGUCCUGUGUCUAUGGAGCAACUUUUUCCUACUCCUUAACACAAAGCUUGAUUACAGGGGCUAGCCUCUGGGUACCCAGCAUCUUUAGGUUAUUGACUGGAUGCUGUGUCCUUCAGAGAUGUGUGUGGCAGCGAGCGCAGAGGGGUAGGUGACUGGGGAAGGGCUGAGACUGUGGUUGCUAGGUGACGCAUGCAUACACUCCCCCAAGGUGGAAGUCCCUAUUUCUCCCUUGCUCUUUCCUUCUGUAAUGAGGUGUAGAUCAGUUUAGGUCCUCUUCAUCCUGGUAGGAUGCUUCUGUGGAUCUCAGGGUCUUAGGGAUCACAUGUAAAGUGUAAGUCCUUCCAGUAGGGAUACCCCCACAAGAGAAUGAUACCAAAGUUUAUGCCCUACUGUUGGAUACGGCACCAUGCACUCACUCCCUAAAACCCUGCUGUUUACCAGUGUCUGCACUGUUGGAGCUAGGAACAUAAGCAUUUCGCUACACCCGCGAUAACAUCUGCAAAAUAUGUGUACGCGACCAAUAAAAUGUGAUUUGUCCAUUCAGCGACCACCUCUCCUAUAGACUGAGUAGUCACCCGGCCAUAAGCACAGAUCUAGGAUAUGUUAACCUUUCCCUAAUCAUAGCUAUUAGUGUAGGCAGAACACAAAACUGACCUUAGAUCAGCACCUAGAGGCAACAAAUCCUACUCCUUCUACUGUAGCCUGGGUCAACAUUAUCACAGCAGAGUUUAGUCUGGAAGAACAUCCCCAGACUUUUUUGGCAUUAACCAUUUUGUACAUUUUACAGUCUGAACAUCACAACAUUGAUUCAGUUCAUGGAUUAAUUCCUUGUAGUCUCAGCGAAGCACCUCAGCAACUGUGUCAAACGAGAAGUUAGUAUGAUAUGUUACGUUUGGUAUGAGACCAGGCUGGAAUUGAUUUCAAUUGGAGCAGAACAAGCAAUGAUUGACAGUUUACUGAUAGAUGACAGAACAUCGUGUAGAUGUCAAGGCAGGAGAAAGCAAAGGGGGACAAAAAGCAAAGAAAACUAAAAUAGCAAAGAAAACAAAAAAAGGGGAUGACUGAUAUUCCUCGUACCUACUCACUUCCACACUCCCUCUCUUUCAUCCUUUCUUCUGUCUUCAUUCUUUCUCUUGUACAAUACAGCUUCAGUCCAAAGUUCCUUAAGCAAGACAGCAAAGUCCGAUCGUAUAGAAUAAAACCAAAGAGUUCGACAUUCCUCCUCUCUUUCACAGACAGCCACUGCAUCCCCCUUUCUUUCACUCCUUUCUGUCUAUUCAUCUCUUUUCUGCUCCAACCCCGUCACCUAGUAAUCCAGUUUCUGACCUCAGCUAUCCUAAGGGAAAUAUCAAAGAUGAUAAUAAUGAUGAUAAAAAUGUAUAUUUUUAAUUAUUUGUCAUUUGAAAAUUACAUGAAGCUUCUCGUAAAUAUGAUGAUGAUGAUGACGAUGAAGACAAUAAUGACGUUUCUCUUGGUAUCUCUGUAGUUGUUCUGGUCCUUUUUGAGUUUUGACCUUUUCGCUCGUGCUGCCAGAGUAAUUCUGAUGAUCCCAUGAUCCUCUCUGAGUUUGUUGACCCUGUCCUUUUAGUUCUGUCUGUCUCUUACCACUGUCUGUCUAUCUGUCUGUAUUCCAUGUUGCUCUCUGUGUUCGUUGGGCAGAGGGAAAGCUACAUGUUACAACCGAAAAUAUGAUGUGUAUGUGGAGAAUUCUGUACGAGGCGUUAUGGAGAGUUUUUCCAGGGAAUUACAGACUUCUUUGGAAGUGAUGGUGGUUUGGGGGGAGGGGUUAAUAAACGGAGGGAGGAGGGAAAACGGUCAUAACUGCUAUAACUGUUCUGUGGAAAUAAGACCCCAAGAAGUGUGUGUGUGUGUGUGCUUGUGUGCACCUCAAACUGUAUCUAAUCUGUUAGAUAAGCAACAGGUUUGUAAACAUUGGCUUGAUUGGGGAUUUACUGUUAGUCAACAUGUAGUUCAUUUCCCUCUGUCCGACCUUCAACCUUUGUUGUCUGUUUCCCUAUCUGUUCUAGUGUGUGUGUGUGUGUGUGUGUGCUCAUCCUGCCUCCUGUGAGCAGUCCUCCUCUUUCCUCUCCCUUCUCUCUGUCUCUCCCUCUCUUCUUCCUUGUGGUAGCAACUUAGCCUUUUACUGUGUUUAUCUUUAAAACAAAAACAAAAAACAAGAGAAAUAUCUCUGCUUGUUCAUAGUACAGUGUUGUUCAUUUAAAGUCAUUUUUGUAACUGAAAGUGUUUCAUUCAUCCAAAUAAAAACAGGAGACAAAAACUGUA